UCUUCACGCACUCUCUAUAUCUUUUCUUAGUUCCAAGAAGAGAGUUUAUUACUUUACAAUGGACCAAACCAAGAAGCUGAAAACUUCUUCUGAUGAAUCCUCAGCUUCUUCUUCUUCUAUAAGGGUUGAGAAAAUGGUGGAAGUGAAGGAGGAGUCAGUUUCUUACCGGAAUAUUCAAAAGGCAGACCGAGAGAAAAACCGUAGAGAUACGCUCAAUGAACAGUUUCUUGAACUCGGAAAUGCACUUGAUCCCAAUAGGCCUAAGAGUGACAAAACUUCAAUUCUUAUUGACACAAUACAAACCCUGAAAGAAUUAAUGACUCAAGUUGAUAGACUAAAAGAUGAGUAUGUCACACUUUCUCAAGAGUCUCGUGAGCUAGUUCAAGAGAAGAGCGAGCUAAGAGAGGAGAAAACAUCUCUUAAAUCCGGUAUCGAGAUUCUUAAUGCUCAAUAUAGAGUCAGAACUUUGGUCCCAUGGAUUCCACAUUACACUUACCCUGUCCCUCUACUUGCCAUAACUCAAUGUCCAGUCUCCACUCUUCCUCCUUUUCCACUCUAUGGUACUCAAGAUCCUGCACAUUCACCCAAACCAGAACAAGCAUCUUCUUCUAGUGCAUCAAACAAACAAGAUUGUAAAAACAAAUCUUUAGAUUUGGAUCUGAUGAGGAACAGUAACCAAUUUGAUAAAAAAGAGGGUGUUGGUUUAGAGCUUGAGCUUAAAAUCCAUGCCUCUUCUUCAGCUCAACAGGAUGUUUCUUGUAAGGAGAAGAAAGAGAACUCGGCAACCACUUCAAGCUCAUCGAAUAGUUACUCAUCAUCUCAUCGUAAAUAGCAUUUUCAAAUCAUAAACUCUGUAAUUCCCAGCCAAGUAAAACUCUGUUGACUUUGUGUAGUUAUGUAUUUUAUAAUAACAAGCAAAUAAAAAAAUACAAAACCAUCUGCUCUAAACCAUUUCCUAGUGUUCUGUUCCUAGACAAGAAUGAGAGUUAUACCAUUUUAGAAUGGAAACCAUUUACUUCUCUA